UGGUCCAGUUCUCUUUGGAUUUCACUCUCAAACUCAUCAACUGUCCUCAGCUUCGCCGUCAUCUCCGCCAUGAAGCUGCUCGGCGCGUUGACUCUGCUGCUCUCCAUUCUGAGCGCGAGUCGAGCCGGGCCCAUCAACUCCACCCUCACCAGGCACCAUGCGGGCGGAGGGGGGGGCCUCUGCGACUACUCAAGGCAGCACUGCACCCACCUCAUCGGAGCCUUCUGCCCAGAGUGCGACGCCUACGGGAACUUCCUGCCGCUGCAGUGCUCGGGAUCGACCGGGUACUGCUGGUGCGUGGACACCAUCACUGGAGAGGACAUUCUCCACACCAGUGUCCUGCCGGGGGUCAUGCCACCUGACUGUGGAAACGACGGGGGCUGCCCGUCCGGCUGGUCUUCAUUCGGCCAUCAGUGUUUCCAGUUCAUCGACGCUCCAAAGACGUGGGCCGAAGCUGAGUUUUACUGCCAGUUCGAUCGGGCCAACCUGGCGUCGGUCCACAGCUACGAGGAGAACCACUUCAUCCAAUCUCUGACCAGAGGAGACACGCACCACUUUCCACAAACCUGGAUUGGAGGCUCCGAUGCCGUUCGGCAGGAGUUCUGGAUGUGGACGGACGGGUCCGAGUUUCACUAUGAGAACUGGGGCAGCGAUGACAGCAGUGGGAAGACGGAGCGCUGUCUGAAGAUGAACUACCAAUAUGACUUGAAAUGGGGCGCCGCUUCCUGCAACGACACCCUUCCCUUCGUCUGUUCCAAGAACGUCUGACCUCCCUCUGACCUCUGGCGGCUGACCAGAAACAUGUUCAUG